UGCCUUCUGGGAACCGGGAAUGGGACGUGGGAUGUUGGCUUCGUAUUGCGUUAAAUAAUUGAGGAUUUUUUUUAUUAAUGACUAAACCAGGGCGAAAUUAAUAAUUUUUUAUUCCAUUUAUUAUAAUUUAUAUAAUAAGUGAUUUAAUUAUGGAUCCUCGCUUACAUAGACGCCCCGAACCCGAAAGAGAACCUUCAGAGUUGGUUAUCGACUGGAUCAACGAAGCUUCGAUUUCGUCAGAGGAAGCUGUAAAAGUAACAAAUCUGUGCAAAUUGCAAGAGGUUUUAGUCAAUAACAAAGAUUCGCAGUUGCUACAUAUAUACUUGGAAGAAGUAUUGCAGUUUUCGUUGGACAGGCAUGCUGAAGUUCGGAAAGCUGUCAGUGGAUUUAUAGAAGAAGCUGGGGAGAAGCAACCUGAGGUCAUUCCACGUUUAGUCUCAACUCUUUCGAGAUUAGUCGCUGACGAUGCGCCUGCUGUUGCAAAACGAGCCCUUAGGACGAGCGGGAGAAUUCUUCGAGCCACCCUGAAAUGGGUUGCGAGUGCUCCGCUUGUUACUCCCGAAAUGGAAACGGCUUGGACCCAACUUAGCAAACUCAAAGUUCAGAUUAUAAACAUGAUUGACAGCGACAACGAUGGAAUUCGAACUCAGGCAGUGAAGUUCCUCGAAGGAGUCGUUUUGAUUCAGACAUACCCGGAUCCAGACAGUCCGAAAAAGCCAGACGACUUUUCGCUAGAAGAUGUCCCACUGACUUUGAAAAUCGCACGGAGGCGAAAAUUAGAAGAGGAGGCCACGCAAGUGAUGGAUUUGUUGAUUAAAUUUCAUGGAUCUCCGCAUGUUAGCAGCGUGAAUUUAAUGACUUGUAUGGGAUCCUUAGCUUUAAUUGCUAAAACGAGACCGCAGUUCAUGUCUGAUGUUAUACAAGCUAUGCAAAGACUGCAGCUCGAUUUGCCGCCGACUUUGUCUGACUCGCAAGUGACGAGUGUUCAGAAGCAAUUAAAACUGACUCUAUUAGGAUUACUGAAACAUCCCGCAAGUGUUGAAUUCGCCACGACGAUGGCGAAACAGUUGACUCAACUUGGAGCAAAAGAGCAGGAAAUUGUCCGAGCUUAUCCAAAGGCAGAAGAUAUUAGGAGAAUGAAAAAGCGCCUCCAAGAAAAUGCAGCUACUUCCGCAGCGAAACGUGUUAAACUAGAAUCACAAUCGAUCAUUCCGAUUACUAUAGAUGAACCAGAACCAGUUCCACUUCCAGUCCCACCUCCGAAAUUGGAUUUGAUUGAACUUUCCGAAAAUUUUAUUGCAGAGAGACUCAGCGUCGAAAUUGCUGCAGAUUUAGUUAUGGAUAGCAUGGCUUGGGUUCCUGACACGAUGACGUCGAUUUUCCAAAGGGAGUAUCAGCCAACAGCAACGACAGAUAUAAUUAUCCAGCGUCAAACAAUUGCGAAGCUCUUGGCGAUUCAGAUCAAACAAGCGAAGGCAAAAAAGAAUAAAAAGGAUACAAAGGAUGAGGAUGCUGUGAUGGAGGAUCUGAUUAAAAAUCCCUCGAUUUCUGUUGCUGAGGCCAAAAGGGAGAGGAAGCGAGAGAAGGACCGGGAAAAGGAAAAGGAGGCGAAAGCUUCAUUGGAGGCACACGAAAAAACCCUGGCAAAGGCGAGAAGCCGUUUGAAAGCCUUGAAAUUGGCGGAAGUCACGAAACCUCUGAGUAGGGAAGUGAAACAGAAAAUGUUAUUGAUGGCAGUGCAAAGGAUUUUAAAUGCCGAGAAGGUUGCCGUUCUUGGUGGGGUCUCGGCUGUUAGGUCGAAAAUUCUGACAACGCUUGCCGCAACUUUCAAUCCUAAUAUAAAAAAAGAGGUUCUGAAUUAUAUCACAGACGAUGUGAGAUCCCGAUUAGAUUUGGCGUUGGGCUGGCUUUAUGAGGAAUAUGCGUUGCUUCAAGGCUUUCAGAGAAGAACCACUCUGUGUUCGAAACCUCACGAAGCUCCUCAUCAAUCGUACAAUUAUCUUUUCUGUACCUUAGUCUCUGCAAUUAAUGCGAUUCAGGGAAAGGAUCGUGAUAUGCUACUAUCUCGGUUGUACCUGGAGUCGCCUUCGAUAACCGAUGACGCGAUUGAGGCCUUGAAAUUGGUAUCCCUGGAAGAAAGUAGAGGACUUGCACCACUUAAUCUCCUGAAGGAAUUGAUAAUUCGGCGUCCCUCGAAGCACAUGGUGCUUUUAAAUGUCAUUUUGUGCCAUGCUGGUCACGAAAGCACGACGAUACGAGAAUGUGCCAUUCAGCUGCUAAAAGAAUUGUACGCGAGGCCAGAAGUCAGUAACAUGAUUGGAGAAUACGCGGUUCUCUAUUUAGGUUUCCUGAGAUUACAGAAUCCGCCUGAGAUUGUCUUCGGCUCGGAUCGCGGAAGGCCUAAUAUCGCCGAAAAGUGGUCAGAAUCAACUAUCAGAUCAUGUCUGGGACUUUAUCUCGCUCUUCUGACCGAACAUCAGGACUUGAUUCAUGAAUUAGCGAGAGUUUACACAUCAAUGGGAGCAGACGUAAAAAGAAUAGUUCUGAGACUCGUCGAAGGUCCAGUUAGAUCUUUAGGAAUGGGAAGUCCACAAUUACUUGCUCUCGUCGAAAAUUGCCCGAAGGGUGCAGAAACUCUCGUUACGAGAAUUAUUCACAUCCUUACAGAAAAAGCUCCACCGAGUGCGGAAUUGGUAUCUAGAGUUCGAGAACUCUAUCAAACACGAGUAUCAGAUGUGAGAUUCCUUAUUCCGGUUUUGAAUGGUUUAACGAAAGCAGAAGUUAUCGCCGCUCUGCCAAAACUUAUCAAACUAAAUCCAAUCGUUGUCAAAGAGGUUUUUAACAGAUUAUUAGGGACUCAUAAUAAUGAUAGUGGAGUUCCACACACUUCUCCAGUCACUCCCGCUGAAUUGUUGAUCGCUUUGCAUACAGUCGAUCCCAAUAAAGCAGAAUUAAAAACAGUUAUUAAAGCUACGUCUUUAUGUUUUGCGGAAAAGCAAGUCUACACACAAGAAAUAGUUGCAUUGGUGAUACGAGAACUGGUCGAAAUAACACCAUUGCCCACUUUGUUGAUGCGAACAGUCAUCCAAAGUUUGUCCCUCUAUCCGAGAUUAAGUGGCUUCAUUAUGAAUAUUCUUCAACGCUUGAUUGCGAAGCAAGUUUGGAAGUAUCCAAAAGUCUGGGAAGGUUUUGUCAAAUGUUGCGAACGUACUCAGCCCCAGAGUUUCGCGGUGAUUUUGCAACUUUCUCAUACUCAGUUGGCUGACGCACUAAAAAUGAGCCCAGGACUGAAACCUCCACUGCUCGCUCACAUUGAUUCGUUCACCGAAAACCAGAAAUCACACAUUCCGGCCUUAAUCAUGGAUGUGAUUCGAGGUACUGCACGCGAAGAAUUCACACGAGCAAAUCCGCAUGAUACUUUCGAUAUUGCUCCACCUGGUGAUUUCUCAAUGGAAUCAAGAAUGGAAACCGAUCCUUCAGAACCAGCACCACCCGGCCUAGAUUAAUUUCACCCAGUUUUUUUUUAUACAAUUAAAUUUCUAAGACUUCAUCUUAAAACACUUGGAAUAUCAUAGACUACUUCUCUGCCGAAGUAAUUCGAAUUAUUUAAAUAACUGUCCUUGUCUUUUACUUAAACUGUAAAACGUUUUCUUUUCUUUUCGUUUGUGAAAUUAUUUUUCAUGGAGAGUUUUUUCGAGAAUUACUUUUGAUCAGGUCUUCAGUGAAAGUAUAAAUAAGCAAAAAAAAAUGUUAUUGAUUUAGAUUAGGAUAAAUAUCGAUUUAAACAGAAAAAAAAGAACUUUUAUGAAUAAUUCGUCACAGGCAUCAGGUGAAAGAUUGUAUAAAAAUA